AUGGUUUUCGGUGCGGCUAAGCCAAGACCCUUGCAGCCCACACGUGUGGGUUCCAAGGACUUCCAUCUGCAGACCCUGGUUGCUUCGCCUCCAAAGCAGGAGCCCCGAGCAGGGCACGAGUUUGCGGCCAUGAGGGCAUACUACUCAUCCCGCAUUAAAUCCGAUGACGAGCUUCGCCUCAAGGCUCCGCAACGCUUCCGAGUUCUUCUGAUUUCGGAGCCCACAGCCAGUGUCCUGGGUGAGACUCUGUGGGAGAUCUCCAUGCAGAUGGGAGGCGACAAUGAAGCCUCCACGGUCGUGGUAGAUGCGUUUGCUGGGCGUGCAACUGGAACCUUGGUGAAGUAUUCCGCAGCUUACUGGAGGUUUGCCAAAUGGGUCACCAGCAACAAGGUCGGCACCCCUCUUCGUCCGACCGAGACUCUGGCUUACAGGUACAUCUGCCACCUUCGAGAAAGCAAGUGCGGAGCUACAGCUGCUUCCACCUUCCUUCAAGCACUCAGCUACUUAUACAAAGUGGCUCGUGUUAAGGAGCCGAGCGUGGAUUUUCUCUUGUCCUCUCGCGUGCGAGGGGCCGCCCGGUCUAUGUUCGAGGGCAAGCGAUGCCUCAAGCAGGCACCUCCGCUCACUGUAGAAAUGGUUCGGGUUCUGGAGCAGACGGCGUGCCUCAGGGAUGGAAGUUACCUGACUUUGGUUGCGGGCCACCUCUGCUUUUGCCUCUACGCCUGCUGCCGCUUUGGGGAUUCGCAAGCUCUGGAAAAGAUCCAGGUUUCUGAGGGCGGCCCUAUCGUCCUCGUUGAGACUGCCACCAGGUCUUACAAGACUGCUACCAGCCAGGAGAAGAAGACCACCUUCCUGCCGCUCCUUGCUCUGGGCAUCGGUUUGGAGACUGAUUAUCCAUGGGCUUGUGGUUGGGAAGAAGCUCGGGAGGUCCUACCUCCCAAUUGCCAAUGGGCCCUGCCUGCCUACUCCUGGAACACCGGCAAGUUUCUCAACCGCGCGCUGAGCACAGGUGAGGCCAGCUUCUGUCUUCGCGAGAUCUUGGCGAACGGUGGCAUAGACCCAUCAGAGUGCUGGAAAGAUCGCCGUCUUAUUGGCCACCAUGUUGAUAAGAAUGCUGCUUCUCCUUUGUGCUACUCUCGAGAUGAAUGCACGCGACUGGCUGCCUUGGUUUUCGGCGUCCUUCACCUCAUCCGCGCAGGAGUUCUCGACCCGGACCUCUCUAGAGUCAUGCGCUUGAAGGCCCUGGUGGAGCAAGGCGAGACUUUGGACCGCCACACGGUGGUCGAAGGCGAUGAGCCGGUGUCCGAAGUAGGAUCGGAAGAUUGCGCCUCCGAAGACCUGGAGGACGAGCCGGACGAGCUGAGCUCCGACCUCCCGGGCCUGCCACAGCCAGUGGCCCCAGACGAGGAGAUCGUAAGGCAUGUCCUUUCAGGCAUUUUGCAUUUUAAGAUUUCAGAGGAGCGCCUUAAGUGCGGAAGAGUCCUCAACAGCAACUACGUAGCACUCGAGGGGGACAUCCUUCCGGACCUCCAUCCACAGUGCAGUCAAUGUUUGGGCAUCUGA